GUAAAUAAAUUGAGUAAAUCACAUGUUUGGCUAACGAAAUCCCAACCAAAUUCUCCAUGAAACCCUUGCCCAAAAGGAGUGGUGAAGCAAGGGAACAAGAGGAAAUAUGAGAGCCAUGAAAUGGGUUCGCCAAGCCUCGACCAAAUGCGAAACGAUUCGGCACUCCACGGCAUCGGUGAUACGGUCCCUGAGGAAGCUCACUCCGACGGCCUUCAUGACACUCCGCCGGGCAGUCGCCAAGGUGGAGCACUUGGGCAUCAUGGGUCAGAAGCUUAGGCUGAACGAUCGGGAGCUGGAGGCCAACAAGAUGAUAAUGGCCGUCAAGAAAGAGGAGAUCUCCAAGGGCAUCCUGGACCCCACUAAGUUUACACCAGGUCAGCACAUCUUCAAGACCCUAACCGAGAUCCGCAAGUCGCCGAUCUUCAAUCUGAUCAAGCGGAUGCCCAAGGGUGGAGUGCUCCAUGCCCACGAUACGGCGCUCUGCAGCACGGAGUAUCUCAUAAGUCUGACCUACCGCGAGAAUCUCUGGAUUUGCACGAUGGAUGAGGGCUGCAAAGCGAUUGCCUUUCGCUUUUCCAAGGAAAAACCCACUCACAAGCCCAUGGAGAAAUGCAAUUGGGAGCCCAUGGCAGAGUUCCGAGAUCGGCGAGGCGAAGAUAAUGUAACCCGGUAUUUCAAGCGCCGCUUCAGCAUGUAUCCUUUCUCAAAAUUCAUUUCGAAUAAUCAAGCCUGGGCGCACUUUAUGGGCAUAUUUAUUCUCCUAGACGGCCUGCUCUGCCACGCCCCCGUUUGGGCUGACUACUACUAUAACGCCCUCAAGGAGUUUUCCGAAGACGGGGUACAAUAUUUGGAACUGCGAUCCCUGCUGCCACCACUCUACUGCAUCGAUGGCGAUAUGCUCACUAUCCGGGACACGGUGGCCAUUUACCAGUCAGAACUGGAACGCUUCAAGGCCGACCAUCCAAAUUUUAUUGACUCCAAGCUGAUCUAUGCCCCGCUCCGUGGUGUGGAACCCAGUGUGGUCGAGCAAUAUGUGAAGACAGCAGUGGAACUUAAUAAAGAAUUUCCCAACUUCAUGGUGGGUUUCGAUCUGGUUGGUCAGGAAGAGCUGGGACGACCACUAAAGGAUUUUGUGGAGCCCCUGCUCAAGAUGCCCGAACACAUAAACUUCUACUUUCACGCCGGCGAGACUAACUGGUUUGGAUCGCCCAUUGACGAGAAUCUGGUGGAUGCCAUACUGUUGGGCACUAAGCGAAUCGGCCAUGGAUUCGCCCUCACCAAGCAUCCGAUGAUGAUGCGGCUGGCCAAGCUGCUCGACAUUGCCAUCGAGGUGUGCCCCGUGUCCAACCAGGUGCUCCAGCUGGGCGUGGACUAUCGCAACCACCCGGCGGCGCUCCUUUUAGCCGCCCAUGUGCCCGUCGUGAUUUCCUCGGACGAUCCGUCCUUCUGGCGCUGCGCACCGCUGUCCCACGACUUCUACUUCGCCUUCCUGGGCAUUGCGCCGAUGAAGGCGGACCUGAGGUUCCUCAAAAGCCUGGCCAUCAACUCCAUCCGGUACAGUGCCCUGGCGGGCGAGGAGAAGCGGGUGGGCUACGUCAAGUGGCAGAAAUUGUGGGACAAGUGGAUCGAGGACGUGGUGGAGCAGAAGUGUAGUAGUUAGCUCAUGUACCUUCCAAAUCAAUAACACACUAGUAAAUAUGUAUUAUAUUCUCGCA